CGGGCGGCCUCUGCCGGCGGCGGGGCGGUGUCGCGUCGCCCUCCUCAGCCGCGGGCUGCCGCCUCCUGCCGGCCGCGUCGGUUACAAAGGCCGCUGCCGGGCCGGCCGCCCUCAACCCUCUUCCGGCCGUGACGGCGGCGGCGCGGGCCGGGCUCCCCGCCGGAGAUGAGGGAGGAUGUCGGUGUCGGGGCUGAAGGCUGAGCUCAAGUUCCUGGCGUCCAUCUUCGACAAGAACCACGAGCGGUUCCGCAUCGUCAGCUGGAAGCUGGACGAGCUGCACUGCCAGUUCCUGGUGCGGCCGCCGGGCAGCGCGGCCUCGGCGCUCACGCUGCACUGCAACAUCACGGAAUCAUACCCAGCUUCCUCACCAAUAUGGUUCGUGGACUCUGAUGACCCCAACCUGACAUCAGUUCUGGAACGUCUAGAAGAUUCUAAGAGCAACGGUUCGCUCCGCCAGCAGCUGAAGUGGCUGAUCUGUGAGCUCUGCAGGUUGCACGACCUUCCCAAGCACCUGGAUGUGGAGCUGCUCGACCAGCCGCUGCCCACGGGCCAGAAUGGAACCACAGAGGAAGUGACGUCGGAAGAGGAAGACGAGGAGGAGAUGGCGGAGGACAUCGAGGACCUGGACCACUACGAGAUGAAGGAGGAGGAGCCUGUCAGCGGGAAGAAGUCGGAAGACGAAGGAAUCGAGAAGGAGAACUUGGCGAUACUGGAGAAGAUUAGGAAGACUCAAAGGCAAGACCAUCUCAAUGGCGCCGUGUCCGGGUCGGUGCAGGCUUCAGACCGGCUGAUGAAGGAGCUCAGGGACAUCUACCGCUCGCAGAGCUACAAAGCAGGGUUCUACUCCGUGGAGCUCAUCAAUGACAGCUUGUACGACUGGCACGUGAAGCUUCAGAAGGUGGAUCCUGAUAGUCCUUUGCACAGUGACCUUCAGAUCUUAAAAGAAAAAGAAGGCAUAGAAUAUAUUUUGCUUAACUUCUCUUUUAAGGAUAACUUCCCGUUUGAUCCUCCAUUCGUCCGCGUGGUGUUGCCGGUUCUCUCCGGAGGGUACGUGCUGGGUGGUGGUGCGUUAUGUAUGGAACUCCUCACAAAACAGGGCUGGAGCAGUGCCUACUCCAUCGAGUCCGUCAUCAUGCAGAUCAACGCCACCCUCGUCAAAGGCAAAGCCAGGGUGCAGUUCGGAGCCAAUAAGAAUCAAUAUAACCUAGCAAGAGCCCAACAGUCUUAUAAUUCCAUCGUACAGAUACACGAGAAGAACGGCUGGUACACCCCUCCGAAGGAAGACGGCUAAGCGGACGGACCGUCCCCGGCUCGGACCAACGUUGCUUUAAAGAACCUUCCCACGUGCAGACCAGCUUCGAGUGCCCAUAACAGCAGCCCGACGACGUUAGCUGAUAGACACUUAGUGGAUAACCUGUCACCGGCACCGCAUCCGUUCCAGCUCCUCAUCGCUCCUUAGGAACCUCGGGCUCGCAGCGGGGCCUGGACUGUACGCUCCCCGACAAAUGCACACACUGGCCACUCCUCAUCAUCUCUUUUCUUGGAAAACGGAAUCUGUUAAGCAGGCAAGUCAGCACCGGGUUCCCGAGGUGCAGCUUUAGGGCGACGACUCCGUAUGAGCACGUGCGCUGUGAGGACUUGAGUGUAUCGUUCCCUUAGAGCCAAUAAAGGUCGUUUGGUGUUCCUAUUGGUUUAGAAAAUGUCAGGUCUUCUGCCUCGCAGCAGCCUUCUCCGGUUAGCACAAACCGCUCUAUGAUGUUGCCAAAAUGACGACAGAAUGCCCGCUCCGGGAAUGUGACACUUAUGGCUGCGUGACGACGGGGCCGCUCCCCACAGACCUGCUCGUAACCGACGGCUCAGCGGGCCGUCAGCCCCUCGGCUGGCGUCCCGACCGCCCGGGCCUCCGUCUUGCUGGCCCAGCCUGCUGUCGGUUCAGUAUGUCUGAUGGAGCUCCGCGGUAGAGAUCUUAAAGUUAUUUAAAAUACUAAGUUGUUUUACAUUUCCAUUUUAUUAACGGGAUGUUGCAAUCGUUUGUAAACUAAUAAACUUCUAAAGUGAUUGGCACACAGACAGAAUCCCUGAGCAAAAGCUGCACAGCUAAGGACAAAACUACCCUCAUUUGGAGACCUAAAAUUUUUUGCUACAGU